AUGAAUAAAAAAUCAAUCACUAUUUUUAAAAUAUCUAUCUAUCUAUCUAUCUAUCUAUCUAUCUAUCUAUCUAUCUAUCUAUCUAUCUAUCGCUAUACCCGAACACAAAAAUGGAUUUUGCUCGACAACGGGUCUUUUCAACAACUGAGCGACGGCCAUAUUGAUUGGUUAAACCCGGACGAAACUUUCUCUAUUUUCUGGGCGAUACUAAGGAUUCGAACUAGCAAACGUUUCACCUGUUUUAUGAGGAGAUUUUUUCGUAUAGCGUUUGUCCUCUUCACACCCAUCGUUCUUUAUGUAAUGCUUAUUGUUUAUUAUCUUCAUAAAUACAAUCAGUUGCUUAUUUACUUAAAAGAAGGUUUGCCAUUGGGCUAUCUAUCGAUAAUGUUCGGCUUUCGACGCAGUUUUGAAAAUACAGAUGGUUUCGUAGGUGGGCCGAUUAUCUCUCUUUUCACUUAUUGUUCUGUCGGUUUUAUUCUUAUCUCAAUUCCGACAAGCAUUCCCAACGCUUUGUGUACGCACAUCAUCAGACAAAGUGAGUCCUGCACAUUUCUUCAAGUGGAUAUCGAUAUUCUGGAAAAAUAUGGCAGCGUCAGAGUUCGCAGUUUGUACGAUUUUGAAAGGGUCUACGGUAUUCUCAAAGCACGACUCCUGAUGUCAAUAAACCCAUCCUUUUGGGCUGAACUUGUUUCUCUUUGGUUGUCCCGAAUGCUUCGCUUGACAGACUACCUCCAAGCAACAUUUUUCCUUUCCAACCAGAUAGUGUGGUUUUUAUUAUUUCUUCUUUCGGGUAGCAUCUUAAUAAUCCCCUGCCUGUUAGAAGCGUGCCUCUGUAUACUCUGUUACAGUGUUCCUAUCAGUUUCAUUUUCUUUACCGUUCCUAAGGGUUACUUUGUCUCUUACGUUCUGCCACGUAUACGCAGCCAUCAAAUUCAAACUUGUUUUACAGGAAUCCUACUGGCCAUUUGCAUCGUUGGCGGUUUUUAUUUCUUCUACUGUUAUUCCUUGUAUGUGUUUUGUGUUUCUUUCUUCAUCGUAUCACGAUUUGUGAUUCAAACAUUUACCGUCGUAAUACUCAAUCCAGAAUAUUCCAUGUAUCUGGUCAGCAUCCUUUUUUGUUUCUACUAUAUUUACGAGCUGGGACGACAAGUCAUCAUCAAUUAUCGCCAGCUGUUGUCGAUUUCAAUUCAGAUUGCAGAAAAAGCUCAGUCCGAAGAGAACAGUUUUAUAUUCGAUCGUCCGUUUGUGUUAGUGUCCUACGCGUCUGAUAAAUACAUACGUUCAGAUAUUUUCUUAGCAAUCAUCAGGAAACAUUUUCCCUUACGUUACGAGUUGGCUUGGGCUUGUGGAAAAGCGUCAGUCGUCUUGUUUUUCUUGGUUAUCUCCCUUGAUAUUUUCUUCAUUACUAACACACAAGCAUUGGCUUUCCCUAAACAUAUCUUACAUUUUGUUCUCUUUCUUUCUUUCUUUCUUUCUUUCUUUCUUUCUUUCUUUCUUUCUUUCUUUCUUUCACCCUCUCACUUCGAUGAGGAGGCGGUCCUGUCACUACGGGUGACCCCCCCCCCCACGUAA